CAAAAAAUAGUUUUACACUAACACAAAAAUGUUAGUACAAAUUUGCGGGGUACAAAGUGGGAUACAAAAGUUGUAACAUGUGAAGUGUGAACAACGUAACUAAAGUUUCCCUUUUCAGUUCAUACUUCAUACCCACGAGCUUCCCGCCCUAUCUCCCACCUGUAUUCCCCCAAAUAUAAAUAAUCAGCAAACCGCCCCCCUGCAAAUUGCAAAAUGCAAAUCAAAUCCAAUAAUAUACUAAAAUCAUUGUAAUUAUUCAAUCACCAGGCCCAUCUUCAAGAAUGCAACUAGUUAGCAUGAUAUGCAUGGAGGCCGCCGCCGCCGCAGACAAUAAGCAACGGAAAUGCCCCACAAAAUUGGAUCUCAGCGCCCCACUUUUAUCGGCCAGAACUCGCAGGGCGUCCAUUAUCCUUCCCAAUGAUGAUGAUGCUCCUCCACUCACGGCGGAGUCCGACGGCGAUGAUAUAUGUAACCGAAUCCCCUUUUCUUGGGAGGAGACCGCCGGGAAACCCAAACGAGCAAGGGAUGUUCGGGCGGUCUGUCCCGUCCCCUCACCGCCACCGGGGAGAACAUAUGACGAAGGGAGCGUCGAGAGCAGAGAGAUACUGUUGUACUCUGACGCUCUCGACGCUUUCUCGUCGUCGGACGAUGAAGAAGAGGAAUCUUCUUCGUCCUCUGACGAGGGGGAGGAUUUCAAGCCGGGGGAUUUCAUCUUUACGCGGUUUUUGAAGGACGCUGAGGCGCUGGCGACUAAGGGCGGGGGUUCGCGCGGCCGGAUUGUUAGUCGGCCGGCUGAAUCCUGUUUUGCCCGGGCGGCGCUGAGCGUGGGACAGAUGCUGUACGAGCCUCCCUGCUGCGGCAGGGCAUGUGGGAGGGACAUCUUGCCGCCGUGGAGGAUGAAGGUGGAGCCACCGUGCGGCGGCGGCGUGAGGGACUCGGUUGUGGCGGUUGCUUUCUCUAGAGGAAAGGAAAUUAAAACGAUACACUUUUCUUGAAGAGUGAUUGGCUUAUUUUGUGGAUAUUGUCAUUUAAAAAAACAUUUUUUAUUUAAAAAAAUAAAUACUUAUUCAAAUACUAAAGAUGCUUAUUUUUCUUAUAUAUAGGUCCAUAGCUAAUAUUAUGUCUACCAUAAAAUUUGUUCUCUUGAAAGUUGUUAACUUUUAUUGUAACACAACCAAGAUGAAAAUAUCUUACCAAUAAAUUACACCAUAUAAAAUGACACAUAUUUGUCUAUAAGUAUAGAAU